CUGGUAGCGAAGCUGGGGGAGCUAGAGAUGCCAGUCACGGAUGGUCCCUUCUUCUUUGUGCCUCUCCCUCUCCCUUCUUCUUCUUUUUUUUUUUUUUUUUUUUUUGAGUGAGAGUGUGUGGGGAGGGAGCAGGGAGAAAGUGAUUAAUUUGGAGAGCGGGGAUUGGAGCCGGGAGGCUGGGGAACGACAGCCAGCCCCUUCAUUCCCACUCCUUUUGCGUGCUGCGAGCCUCACUUUCUCCGCCAAGCGCAGGACUGAGGAAUUCCUGCGAAAAUCCAGGGGCCGAAGAAGCCGGCGCCGCUCUAGCUCAGGUGCUGUAAACUACAAACAAUGACCCUGUGUUAAUACUGCAGACAUAUCAUAGCGGAACUAAAGGGAACUUAAUUUACUGGUUAACCAGGUUCUUCUUAGCUUUUAACCAAAAGUAAGAAGAUACAUUAGGAUUUUCAUUCUUUCUGGGUUGCCUCCAUCCUGAAGAGCAAUGGGGAUGUUGUUAAGUGGAAGAGGAUUAAUCACAUCUCUAAUUUUCUUCCUAUUAAAAUUCUCAACAGCUGUUGAUAUACCACUUUCAGUUCAACAGGUUCCAACAAUCACAAAACAGUCAAAAGUACAAGUUGCCUUUCCUUUUGAUGAGUAUUUCCAAAUUGAAUGUGAAGCUAAAGGAAAUCCAGAACCAACAUUUUCGUGGCAUAAGGACGACAAGCCUUUUGAUCUCUCUGACCCUCGGAUAAUUGUAUCCAACAACUCGGGAACGUUCAGGAUCCCAAAUGAGGGGCACAUAUCUCAUUUUCAAGGGAGAUACCGCUGCUUUGCUUCUAAUAAACUGGGAGUCGCUAUGUCAGAAGAAAUCGAAUUUAUAGUUCCAAAUGUUCCAAAAUUCCCCAAAGAAAAAAUCGACCCUCUUGAAGUGGAGGAGGGUGAUCCAAUUGUCCUCCCAUGCAACCCUCCCAAAGGCCUCCCACCUUUACACAUUUAUUGGAUGAAUAUUGAAUUAGAACACAUCGAACAAGAUGAAAGAGUAUACAUGAGCCAAAAGGGAGAUCUGUACUUCGCAAAUGUGGAAGAAAAAGACAGCCGGAAUGAUUACUGUUGCUUUGCUGCAUUCCCGAGAUUAAGGACUAUUGUGCAGAAAAUGCCAAUGAAACUAACAGUUAACAGUUUAAAGCAUGCUAAUGACUCGAGUUCAUCCACAGAAAUUGGUUCCAAGGCGAAUUCGAUCAAGCAAAGAAAACCCAGACUACUGUUGCCUCCUCCUGAGAGUGGUAGUGAGUCUUCAGUUACCAUCCUCAAAGGGGACACCCUGCUGCUUGAGUGUUUCGCUGAAGGCCUACCCACUCCACAGGUCGAUUGGAACAAAAUAGGAGGUGAUUUACCAAAGGGAAGAGAAACAAAAGAAAAUUAUGGCAAAACUUUGAAGAUAGAAAAUGUCUCCUACCAGGACAAAGGAAACUAUCGCUGCACAGCCAACAAUUUCUUGGGAUCAGCCACUCAUGAUUUUCAUGUUAUAGUGGAAGAGCCCCCUCGCUGGACAAAGAAACCUCAGAGCGGCGUGUAUAGCACCGGGAGCAGUGGUAUACUGUUGUGUGAGGCUGAAGGAGAACCUGAACCUACAAUCAAGUGGAGAGUCAAUGGUUUCCCAAUGGAGAGAAAUCCAUUUUCUGGUGAUGUCAUCUCCCCCAGGGAAAUCAGUUUUACCAACGUGCAACCAAAUCACACUGCUGUGUACCAGUGCGAAGCCUCGAAUGUCCAUGGCACUAUCCUUGCCAACGCCAACAUCGAUGUUGUAGAUGUUCGUCCAUUGAUACAAACUGCAGAUGAAGAAGAUUAUGCUACAGUGGUUGGGUACAGUGCUUUCUUACACUGUGAGUUCUUUGCUUCACCCGAGGCAAUAGUGUCCUGGCAGAAGGUGGAAGAAGCAAAACCUCUUGAAGGCAGACGGUAUCAUAUCCAUGAGAAUGGCACACUGCAGAUCAACGAGACCACGGAAGAAGAUGCUGGCUCCUACUCUUGUUGGGUAGAAAAUGCUAAAGGAAAAACAGCCGUCACAGCCAAUCUGGAUAUUAGAAAUGCUACAAAACUUAGAGUGUCUCCUAAGAAUCCUCGUGUCCCCAGAUCACAUACACUCGAAUUACAUUGUGAGAGCAAAUGUGAUUCACAUUUGAAACACAGUUUGAAGUUGUCCUGGAGUAAAGAUGGAGAAGCCUUUGAAAUUAAUGGCACAGAGGAUGGCAGGAUAAUUAUUGAUGGAGCUAAUUUGACGAUAUCUAAUGUCACCGUAGAGGACCAAGGUAUAUACUCGUGUUCAGCUCACACUGCUCUGGACAGCAUUGCUGAUAUGACUCAAGUAACUGUCCUUGAUGUUCCGGAUCCACCAGAAAACCUUCACUUGUCUGAAAGACAGAACAGAAGUGUUCGGCUGACAUGGGAGGCUGGAGAUGACCACAACAGCAAUAUUAGCGAGUAUAUUGUAGAAUUUGAAGGAAACAAAGAGGAACCUGGAAGGUGGGAAGAACUGACUAGAGUCCAAGGAAAGGAAACAACAGUCAUGUUAUCUUUGGCUCCGUAUGUGAGAUACCAGUUCAGGGUCAUAGCUGAGAAUGAAGUAGGGAGAAGCCAGCCUAGCCGGCCUUCAGACCAUCAUGAAACACCCCCAGCAGCUCCAGACAAGAAUCCACAAAACAUAAGGGUGCAAGCUUCUCAACCCAAGGAAAUGAUUAUCAAAUGGGAGCCUUUGAAACCCAUGGAGCAGAAUGGACCCGGACUGGAGUACAGAGUGACCUGGAAACCGCAGGGAGCCCCGGUGGAGUGGGAGGAAGAAACGGUCACAAACCACACCCUGCGGGUGAUGACACCUGCUGUCUACGCUCCGUAUGAUGUCCAGGUCCAAGCCAUCAAUCACCUGGGCUCUGGCCCUGAGCCUCAGGCAGUGGUUCUCUAUUCUGGAGAAGACUAUCCUGAUACAGCUCCCGUGAUCCAUGGAGUGGAUGUUAUAAACAGCACAUUAGUGAAAGUUUCCUGGUCAGCAAUUCCAAAGGAAAGAGUCCAUGGACAUCUGAAAGGAUAUCAGGUAAACUGGUGGAAAACAAAAAGUCUAUUGGAUGGAAGAACACAUCCCAAAGAAGUAAACAUUCUGAGAUUUUCAGGACAAAGAAACUAUGGAAUGGUUCCUUCCCUAGAUGCCUUUAGUGAAUUUCACUUAACAGUUUUAGCCUAUAAUUCCAAAGGAGCUGGUCCAGAGAGUGAGCCUUAUAUAUUUCAAACACCAGAAGGAGUACCUGAACAGCCAACUUUUCUCAAGGUCAUCAAAGUUGAUAAAGACACUGCCACUUUAUCCUGGGGGCUACCUGAGAAAUUGAAUGGAAACUUAACUGGCUAUCUAUUACAGUACCAGAUAAUAAAUGACACCUAUGAGAUUGGGGAACUAAAUGAUAUCAACAUUACAACUCCGUCAAAGCCCAGCUGGCGUCUCUCAAACCUCAAUGCAACUACCAAGUACAAAUUCUACUUGAGGGCUUGCACUUCAAAGGGCUGUGGAAAACCAGUCACAGAAGAGAGCUCCACAUUAGGAGAAGGGAGUAAAAGUGUCGGGAAGAUAUCAGAAGGAGUAAAUCUUACUCAAAAGAUUCACCCAGUAGAGGCAUUUGAGCCGGGAGCUGAACAUAUAGUUCGCCUAUUGACUAAGAAUUGGGUUGAUAACAAUAGCAUUUUUGAAGAUGUAAUUGAGACAAGAGGGAGAGAAUAUGCUGGUUUAUAUGACGACAUCUCCACGCAAGGCUGGUUUAUCGGACUGAUGUGUGCGAUUGCUCUUCUCACGCUAAUAUUGCUGACUGUUUGCUUUGUAAAGAGGAACAAAGGUGGAAAGUACUCAGUAAAAGAAAAGGAAGAUCUGCAUCCAGACCCAGAAGUUCAGUCAGUGAAAGAUGAAACCUUUGGUGAAUACAGUGACAGUGAUGAAAAACCUCUCAAAGGAAGCGUUCGGUCCCUUAACAGGGUCAUGCAGCCCACAGAAAGUGCCGACAGCUUAGUCGAGUAUGGAGAAGGUGACCACGGUCUAUUCAAUGAGGAUGGCUCAUUUAUCGGCGCCUAUGCUGGAUCUAAGGAGAAAGGAUCUGUGGAAAGCAAUGGAAGCUCUACAGCAACAUUUCCACUGCGAGCGUAAACGCAGCACGAAGAAACACAUCAGCGGUUCACACCAACCUUCCAUAUUUAUCUGUUCAAGGGAGCAAGAAGUUUUCAUGUAGGAAUAGAAACAUUGUGGCAGAAGAUUUCAUCCAGAAUUGGAACAUCCUGCAAACGUGUUGAGAAAAAUAGCACUACCUUGAAAAAGUGAGCUACCUAGCACUACAGGCCUGUGUGUGUGUGUGUGUUUUCAGGUGCUCAAAAUACAGAACACAAAACAAAUCCUGUAUUUAGAUUCACCUCAACUGAAUCCAAAGUGUCCAUUCAGUGAACUCCAUGUUUGCCUGGUUUUUCUCUUCACUGUGUUUGCAUAGAUGUUGCUACCUUGUGGGUUUUCUGUGUAUGCGCCUGUGUAUUCAGUCUCGAAGAACUAUCGUAGUGACUUCGCUUCGUGACAGGUUAAAAGAUGGUAAGCAAACUGGUGAUUUACAAUGGAAAGAGGAAUAGGAAUGUCUUAUUAAAACAGUUCACUGAAUAUAUACAGUCUAAAUGUGUUAUUAAAAAUUUUAGAAGCAGAAGUCUUAGGUGAAUGAUCAACUAGUAUUUAUUGAGCUCCUAACUCUGCCCAGAGAUGGUCACGUGUAAACAGAAUUCUAACUUUUUCAUUUUCAACAUGGAUUUAUAAUUUCUAUCCGUUAUGACACGUACAGAUGUCUUUUGUGUUUUUUUGGACUAUUCCAGCUGCAAAAGAAGCAAUGGUCAGAAGUUAACUUAUGAAAGAACAGGCAGGAGGUGUCCGCGAUGCUGGGAUCUAAUAACUGUCUCUAUCUAUUUAAUAUCCCCAUUUCUAAAUUGACUGCUUCUACCUUUUUCCUAUGUUUGUGUAAUGGUAUGUUCCAUGUAUUUCAUGAAUGCAUUGUACAUAUUAUGUUAAUAUUUACACAAUUGAAAAUAUAGAUUGUUUUAUUUUGAAGUGAGAAAAAGAACAUUAACAGGCACGUCUGUACAGCUAGAGUACAUAGUAAUAUACCAGUGUUCAUCAUUCCACAGCUGCAACCAAUAACAUGAGGUUCCCAAACGGAAGACUUUGUACAAAGCAUUUGGGUUUUGUUCUUACAUGCUUUUCCAACAGUC